UCUUGCUCUCACACUCCGUUCCGAAUCUCCAUGAACCAAUGGAUCUUCCCUUUGACUGCCCUCCAUGCAACGCCCUCAACUUGGCCCAUGCACAAACAACUCUACGACCGUGCCAGAGGAAUAGAAUUUCUUUUCCGUCUUGGCUCGUCUCUUGUCCUACCUACUUCUGCCAUCCUUACUGCGGCAGUAUGGUUUCAUAGAUUUUACAUGCGAUUUGCGAUGGAGGAUUACCACCGUCAGGAUGUCGCUGCAUCGUGCAUCUUCCUUGCCACGAAAACGGAGGAGUGUGGCAGGAAACUCCGUGAUGUUGCGCGUAUAACGCAAGCCAAGGUCCUCGGUCGUGAUAUUCCGCCCGACAGCAAAGAGGUGGAGCAGUGUCAGGCGCAAAUACUUCUCACUGAGGAAGCCCUGCUUGAGGCAUUGUGUUUCGAUUACGUGGUUGAGAGCCCACACAGCAAGCUCGUGGACCUGUUUGAUGCCCAUGACCAAGAUAUCCUCGUCCAAGAAUGUGCUUGGAGUUUUGCCCACGACUCGUUUCGGACGACACUAUGUCUCCACUACCCACCUCAAAUCAUAGCUGCUGCAUGCUACGUUCUUGCUCAACGUGUUAUUGAUGGGCCCAAUUCCAUUUCCCUCGAUGCUCGAAUUUCAUCCUCUGCUCCAAGAGCAUCGCUUCCCACACCCCCAACCCACAAACCACCUUCUCCAGACGUCUCUCGGAUUGCCAUUGACUAUUUUUCCUUUGGCGAAGUGGAACUCGUUGCUGUUGCAGAGGCAUUGAGUAUUCUCCUCGAAUUUUAUAGAGCACAGCGAGUCGAAGACCACGAGCAUCUGUCGUAUGUUGUCGAGGUCACUCCCCCUACUACUCCACCUCGAGAGGCACUAUAUGUUCCACUAUCUCAGAUCGCAGCCCCACCUGUCCCGCCUCCAAAUGACACAGUUUCUGGACGAACUCCCGCUUCGUCCUAUGGAGGGCGUACACCCGCCAAUAUCCAAGAACCCGGCCAGGUGGCGGAAUAA